AUGCAUUUCUUCUCAGUGCCAACAUCACCUACCUCGUCGUUAUUGACAUUCACGGCAUCAGAACCUACAACCCCAGCUGCUGGUAGAUCAAGAAGGAAUUCCAGCCAAACAACGACGCAUCCUCGAAAGAUAAAUGACUCCCUCACGUCCUGGGCCAUUGGUACCAGUCUGGAUGACCCAGCAAACCGUAAAAUGAACUCUUAUGCACGGAGCAUGAUCGAGGCCCACAAUUUAUCUACCCCAACGCCCGUCUACAGCCUGCCCAUAAGCGGUGAUGAAAGGCGAGACUUCGAAGGCGUAGGUGGAUGGCGCUCGUACCGGGCAUCCAAAACAUGCAGCUCGCAUAUCCCGCACGAGAAAGCCACCAUAUCAACCUCAUCCUCUUCUACACAUAGCACUGGCGGCGACGUCAAUCCAGACGUAGACAUUGACGCGGACGAGCGAGCCUGGCUUUCACUAAACAACCGACUCGAGCUCCCCUCGCAUCUCGUCACGCUAUGCACAAGUGUACACGCCGGAAGCACUCUAAACAGCCCCGAAAGCGCUGACUGGCGCAAUGGCCGAAGCAAUUUCCACUCACUGACGGGAGCAGCGGGCUCACAGGGCAUCUACUCCGGGAAGCAACAGAAUGGCUCUAGACACCACCACCGCUCGCUCACGACUUCCUCACUAACGACCUCUGACCGGCGCACGGGUACGGGACUCUCCCUGGCGCUGUCAGCGGGACCUGAUAAUGCAGCUGUUCAUUCGAGGGAGCACGGCCACUCGAUAUUGUCGUCAACGUCAGGACUCACGGCCCCGUUCAUGACGCCUCAGCCAUACGCGCGGCUGGAUUCGAACUCGCAUUCCCAGUCACGGGUCCUCCCGCGAGCUUUCCCAACCAGCGGCGCAACGUUCACGAGCUCCCAUUUCCCCAGCUCUGGAGAUGGCCUGGGCCACAGCUUUGGGAGCAAUAGUAGUGGCGGGAGCUUUGCUAACGGAGGCGGGGGUGGGUACUUCUCUUUGAGACGGCCUGGGUCCUCUGGUAGCCACAUUCUCUCUGGAAGAGUUAGCCCUAGUGCUAGUGGGCAUAAUACCCCCGGUAUUGGUCCUUCGGCUGAAGAGCGUGAGGCUUCAUCGGCGGGGCUAGCGCGGUUGAUGGCGCAUUAUUCCACCAGCCCUAGGCAUCGGAGACAAAGUAUCUCUGGACCGAAUUCGAGGGGCCAGACUGCUUGGGAUCGGGCUGGAUGA